AUGAAGAUCGCGGUGCUCACUUCUGGAGGAGACAGCGCCGGUAUGAACGCCGUCGUGCGCGCUGUGGUCAAAGUUGGGAUCCUCAAGGGCUGCGAAACCUGGAUCGUGCGCGAGGGCUACGAAGGCCUCGUGCGGGGCAACGACCACGCCGACGGCUCCUACCCCGAACCACCCACCGUGCCCGAGGCCGCCUCGGAGGCGCAUCACGGGCACCCUACGAACCUGCUCGCGAACCUGCGCUUCGGCGACGGCCUGCUCCUGCGCGACGGCACGGGCGACCACCGCGGUGCGGACGGCUCGGGCAACAGCACGCGCACGCUCGCCGGGCGCUAUCUCGUGCGCGUCGGGUGGGACGACGUGCGCGGGUGGUUCGCCGAGGGCGGCACGCUCAUCGGCACCGCGCGCUCGGCGGCGUUCCGCACGCCCGAGGGGCGCACUGAGGCCGCGUUCAAUCUCAUCAAGGAGGGGAUAGACGCGAUCGCGGUCUGCGGCGGCGACGGCUCGCUCACGGGCGCGGACCUGUUCAGGGCGGAGUGGCCGAGUCUGGUGCAGCGUCUGGUGGACCAGAAGCGGAUCACGCCCGAGCAGCAGGCGCGGCACAAGCAUCUAAGGAUCGUGGGGCUUGUGGGCAGCAUCGACAACGACAUGUGCAUGACGGAUCUGACGAUCGGCGCACCGACGGCGCUGCAUCGGAUCUGCGAGGCGAUCGAUAAUAUCAACAGUACGGCUGCGAGUCACUCGCGCGCGUUCGUGCUCGAGGUAAUGGGUCGGCACUGCGGAUGGCUCGCGCUCAUGGCUGGGCUUGCUGCCGGUGCUGACUUUAUCUUUAUCCCGGAGCGCCCGCCCGAUGCGAAGACAUGGGAGGACGAGAUGUGCGAGACGGUCCAUCGUCACAGGGAAAUUGGCAAGCGCAAGACGAUCGUCAUCGUCGCAGAAGGCGCGAUCGACGGCGACCUGAACCCCAUCAGGGUCGACAAAGUCAAGGACGUGCUGCGCGACCGCCUCGGGCUCGACACGCGCGUCACGACGCUCGGGCACACGCAGCGCGGCGGGAGCCCGUGCGCGUUUGAUCGUAUCCUGCCCACGCUGCAGGGUCUCGAGGCUGUGAAUGCGCUGCUGGAGGACACGCCGGACACGCCGUCGUACAUGAUUGGUGUGCGCGAGAACAAGAUCACGCGUGUCCCUCUUGUGGAGGCGGUCAAGAUGACGAAAGCUGUGGCAGAGGCGAUCAACAACAAAGACUUCAAGAAGGCGAUGUCGCUGCGCGACCCCGAGUUCGCGCAGGGCUUGGAGGGGUUCACUGCGACUGCGUCGCUGUUCAAGGAGAAGCAGCUCCCUGCUGCCAAGAGGAUGCGGAUCGCUAUCAUCCACAUGGGCGCCCCCGCAGGUGGCAUGAACGCUGCAACGCGCGCUGCCGUCCGUCACUGCAUGAAACAGGGGCACACGCCGCUCGCGGUGCACAACGGGUUCCGCGGGCUGCUCGACGGGUACGUGCACGAGCUCUCGUGGCUCGGCGUGGACGGGUGGAUGUCGCGUGGCGGGUCCGAGCUCGGCACGAACCGGUUCCUGCCUGACCAGGACCUCGGCGGGGUCGCGGCGCGGUUCCAGAAGCACGAUAUCGACGGCCUCCUGCUGAUUGGCGGGUUCGAGGCGUUCCGCGCGCUGGCGGUCCUCGAGGAGGGGAGGCAGUAUUAUCCGGCGUUUAGGAUUCCGAUGGUGCAUCUGCCGGCGACGAUCUCGAAUAAUGUGCCGAUGACGGAGUUUAGUCUGGGGAGCGAUACGAGUCUGAAUGCGCUGGUGGACGCGUGCGAUGCGAUUAAGCAGAGCGCGAGCGCGAGCAGGAAUAGGGUGUUUGUGGUGGAGACGCAGGGGGGAAAGUGCGGGUAUCUUGCGACGCUCGGUGCGCUGGCGACGGGUGCUGCUAUAUUGUAUACGCCCGAGGAUGGGAUCACGCUCGAUACGCUCCGGGACGAUGUCAAGUUCCUCAAGAUUCGGUAUGGGCUGGACGCUAAAGGGCGGUCUGAGGGGCGUCUGGUCAUCAGGAACGAGGCGUCGUCGAACGUCUAUACGACGGAUAUGAUCACCAAAAUGUUCAAAGAAGAAGGCGCAGACCUGUUCGACUCGCGCUCUGCCUCGCUGGGCCACACGCUGCAGGGGAAAAUCCCGAGCCCGAUGGACCGCGCGCGGGCGGUGCGGCUCGCGCUGCGGUGCAUGUCGUUCCUGGAGGAGCACCACCAGGCGCUGCUGGCGGAGCAGCAGAAGCAGCAGCGGCAGUCGCAGGAUGGGAUGCCGACGGUCGCUGCGCCGCCGGAGAGCGCGGCGGUGAUCACGAUCCAGGGGGCACAGGUGGUGUGGGUGCCGGUGCAGGAGAUGGUGAGGGACGCGGAUAUGAAGAAUAGGCGGGGCAAGAUGGAGUGGUGGCGGGGGAUCAAGACGCUCGUCGAGGAUCUGGUUGGGCGUGACCAGCUUUUGUAG